GGGCCAGACAGCUCCAGUGGUUAUGAAAUGCUGGGAAUGGAUAGUCCUCGUAGGGAAGUGGGAAGUGGAAGUGGGAAAGGCGUGGGGUAUCAUCACACAGGUUUGCGGGAGGAAGUAAAGGGAGCGGAGGAGGAUGCUGAAGCACAGAAGUGGGCGCAGAUAAGGCCAGAGGGCCUGCGGUUCGAGGUGAGCACCCACACGGGCAGAAUACAUCUUUUCUUCAGCCAUCCUGGCCGUCCGUUCUCGCCGGUUCCCCUCGAGCAAAACUUUCAUCCUGAAGAUCUGGACCUCGUUAUUAGCACCCCUCUUUGUGUCACGGGCAGGAAGAAGCAGCACGACGGGAAGGCAGGAGCCGAUUAUACCCCUGGUGACAAUAACGAGGGUGACAGCAAAGCGGAGGAUGACCAGUGUGACAAAACGAGAGUGACAGAAACAACAAUUGUGGCAACAAAAAAGGUGACAGCAGCAAGAAGGAAGGUUCCUCGGCAGGUUCCCCCCAACUCGUGGACUCGGAGGAUCGGAUGCCGCCAAUCCUGCGGCGACACGCUGCGCGCGCUACGAGAGGCCGCCAGGUCAUUUGUCAGCGAGUGGGGAGCGCUGAAGCCGCAGCACCGGAGGAAGCUGCUUGGAAGGGUCCUGGCGCUUCCUGUGGCAGAGGAGCUGGAGCGAAUGCUGUUCCCGCUCCCGUUCGGCGAGGUUAUG